CGCCCUGUGUCAGCAGCCAGCGCCUCUGGUCCGGUGCCCACCGCGAGCGCACGUCCCUGUCAGUGCUGGCAACCUGUCACCGCCGAGGACGUGACUCCGAGCUGCCUCCGCUCUCUCCAAGCCCUAUUCCUUUAAGAUGAUGUAAUAGUCAUUUCCCUGGAUGGUUUCUUGCCUGCACUGCUCACACAACAGCAUCCGAACUGCUCCUGGCACCGCGGGACCUCCCAGCUUCCGAGCCCAAGCCCUGCAGGCAUCUCCUCGCCACCCCGGCUGCUUUUCUUUCCCACCUGGCGGGGACAUGGGCGUCCCUUUGCCCUUGCCCGCAGGUGGGGUGGCUGCUGCGACCCUGGGGGGCGCAUCUGUCUGUCUCCUUGCCUCUGGGCUCUCUGAAUGCCUCUAAGUCCAGGGACCUCUUGCAACUCUCCCAGGUGCAAAGGAUCUGUUCUAUAAGGUUUGGAUUUCGGAUUUUCCUUUUUCCCCCACAGAAGCUUUGGUUGAAUUUUUUUUUUCCUCCCCUCCACUUCUUCGACUCAGCAUCCGUCUCUCGGUUCAACUUUUUUUCCGAUCCGUUUUAACUAGAGAUUGGAAGUGAAUCCAUACACACAUCCAUACACACAUAGAAACGUACACCUACUAGCGCUUAAGUGUGGAAUCUUGGUUUCCCGAGAGCACUUCUCUCUUGACACUUUCCAUCGAUACCUCUGUCCUUUACCUGUUUGGGAUUUGACAAGGCGUCCAGGCUCAGUGUGGCUGUGGUUUCUGAUUGCUCUGGAAAAGAUUAUUUCUUCGCACGAACUGAGUCUCCAGCACUCGCUAAGACAGACCUCUGGGUAACUGGGCAUUUGGCCUUCUUGCCUACCGAACCUAAUGGAAGACUGAAUGUAGACAAGCUGAUUAUUACAUUCUGUGAAGUAAGAGCUCACUACCAGCCAGCUUUAAACUUCUCGUCCAGUGUCCAGCAUUUCUUCACCUGUGGACUCUCCUAAAAUUUGCUUUAUUGGGAAAAUAAAAAACAAAAUAAAACAAAACCUGGGUAAGAGGAGGUAAUUAACAAAAGAAAAGUUAGUACCUUUUCCUUACCUUACCAGUGGAUGCAAAGGCCAGGGCUGUAACCCAGUUGGAUUGCACCUUAAGUUCCAGGAAGCUGCAGAAGAAAGGGACAAUGGCUCUGAGUGGGAACUGUAGCCGUUAUUAUCCUCGGGACCAAGGGGCUGCUGUUCCCAACUCUUUCCCUGAAGUCAUAGAGCUGAAUGUUGGGGGCCAGGUUUACUUUACUCGCCAUUCCACAUUAAUAAGUAUCCCCCAUUCUCUCCUGUGGAAAAUGUUUUCCCCAAAGAGAGACACUGCUAACGAUCUAGCCAAGGACUCCAAGGGAAGGUUUUUCAUCGACAGAGAUGGCUUUCUGUUCCGUUAUAUUCUGGACUAUCUCAGGGACAGGCAGGUGGUCCUGCCUGAUCACUUUCCAGAAAGAGGAAGGCUGAAAAGAGAAGCUGAGUAUUUCCAGCUCCCUGACCUCGUCAAACUCCUGGCCCCUGAGGAAGUCAAGCAAAGUCCGGAUGAGUUCUGCCACAGUGACUUCGAAGAUGCCUCCCAAGGAAGCGACACAAGAAUCUGCCCCCCCUCUUCGCUGCUUCCUCAUGACCGAAAGUGGGGUUUUAUUACUGUGGGUUACAGGGGAUCCUGUACCUUGGGCAGAGAGGGGCAAGCAGAUGCCAAGUUUCGGAGAGUUCCCCGGAUUUUGGUUUGCGGAAGGAUUUCCUUGGCAAAGGAAGUUUUUGGUGAAACUUUGAAUGAAAGUAGAGACCCCGACCGAGCUCCAGAAAGAUACACCUCCAGAUUUUAUCUCAAGUUCAAACAUCUGGAAAGAGCUUUUGAUAUGUUGUCAGAGUGUGGAUUCCACAUGGUGGCCUGUAACUCCUCGGUUACAGCAUCUUUUGUCAACCAGUAUACAGAAGACAAGAUCUGGUCGAGCUAUACUGAAUACGUCUUCUACCGUGAGCCCUCCAGGUGGUCCUCCUCCCAUUGUGAUUGCUGCUGCAAGAAUGGCAAGGGAGACAAAGGGGAGAGUGGCACUUCCUGCAAUGACCUCUCUACUUCCAGCUGCGACAGCCAGUCAGAGGCCAGCUCUCCCCAGGAGACAGUGAUCUGUGGGCCUGUAACGCGUCAGGGCAACAUCCAGACUCUGGACCGGCCCAUCAAGAAAGGCCCCGUGCAGCUGAUCCAACAGUCAGAGAUGAGGCGGAAAAGUGACCUGCUCCGGACUCUGACUUCCGGCUCUAGGGAGUCGAACAUAAGCAGCAAAAAGAAAGCUGCGAAGGAAAAGGUCUCCAUCGAGGAAGAGCUGGAGAAAUGUAUCCAGGAUUUCCUGAAGAUAAAAAUUCCAGAUCGCUUCCCUGAGAGAAAACAUCCUUGGCAGUCUGAACUUUUACGGAAGUAUCAUCUAUAGGGGAGGGCAGUGGGUAGUCACCACUUUGAAAUAAACCUCCUGAAAGGAAGACAUAUAUUAAAGGAAAAAUAACAACUAACAA